AUGGCGCCCACCCUCCCAAAAACAGAGGAUCGCCGCAAAUCUCACCUCCAUGAAUUCCUCAUGGAAGAUAUCCGCGAAGAUCUGCUCCUUGAAUGCGAACUCUUGAUCCUCUCCUUCGCAACAGGAAUUCAAGAUGCUGCCGCCUGGCCCGACUACUCCUGCUUUGCCUCCAACCAAACAGGCAACACACUCUUCCUCGCGAUCGGCGUCGCAGGUUUGACCCGAAACGCAUAUAGCUUCCCCAAUAUAGGUGUCAGCCUGAGUCUUUUUGUGGCGGGCGGGUUUAUCAUGGGCCAGCUCGGGAACUAUGUCGGCGUGCGGCGGCGGCUCUGGCUGUUGAUCAGCAAUUUCAUCCAGACGCUGUUUGUUUUCUGUGCACUUAUUAUCCAGUAUCGAUGGCCUGUCAAGCGAGAUGGACCUGCCGCAAUGGCUGUGAUUGCGUUGUUGGCAUUUUCCUCGGGUGCGCAGGUCGCUAUGAGUCGUUCGUUGAAGAUUACGGAGAUCACAACGGCUAUGGCGACUGCUGCAUUUAUAGAUCUGGUGGUGGAUCCAAAUUUGGGCAAAUUAAAGAACCGGCUCCGCAACCGGCGGGUCAUGUUCAUCAUCAUGUUGGUCGCGGGCUGUUUUGUUGGGGCUUUCGCUCAACGCGAGAUUAAUUCGAGAUUUCCCCUUUUACUGUGCGCUCUUGGGAAGGCUCUUGUGAGUAUAGCGGUGUUGUUUAACAGGCCCAUUGAGCGUUCAAGAUCGCCUUCCAGCUCGACUGAAAUCUUGAAGGUAUAA